UGCUCCUGAACAAAUAUGAAAGUGCUUCUCAUAUGCUUAAUACUGACCAUAGGAUGUCACUCAAAUGAAGAAACGAACAUUACUUCAACCACUCCGUCAACUACAUCGACAGAGUUUGAAUCCCUCAAACUGACAAAUGAAAUUUACACACAAUUUCCAUUACACCAGAAUACAACCGAAAAUACCAAAGACUUCGAUAAUGUCACCACAGAAAUACCGGUGGUAUUUAAAAAGAAACCAUUCGUUAAAGUAAAGAAACUCAAGAAGAUUCAAAAAACUACCUAUCCUGAGAAACUGUACAGAGUUAAGGAUGAGAAUGCGGAUUUGAAUGGACAAGAGUCCAAGUUCAUAGGAGAGAAUCCUCAUUUGAUACAGAUAACACACGAUUCACAACCUGAUUUCAUAGAUCCUGUCAAGAAUUAUUCAAUAAAAUACAAGGUUACCCACGACUAUAAGAGGGGAGAUAGCUUUUCUCGAUCUAAAUAUUAUCCAUAUGGUGAGAGAAAGAGAUCCAGGAAUUAUCACAGAUUGAACAGAAACUCUACAGAAGACAAACUUUCAGAGGAAUCCCGUAAAAACGAGAACUUCGUCCAGUUUUCUUACAAGGUCGAAACAGUACCACAGGACGCAGAAGAUGCUCCAGAACAAGAACCACCAACUGGACGAAGGAGAGCUGGCAGACCUACACUCCCAGAAAUUCAGAAUGUGAUUCACACGUUAGACAGCCAGGAUAGCAUCCCCACCUAUAAAUCCCCGAAACAGAAUCAUAUAGUCGAAGUGACGGAAGUACCUUUAGUUUUCGAGCAUCAUUAUCAAGGAGACUAUAAGAACCCGCAGUCCAAAUUUGUGGCACACCAAUACAGCUAUAGUCCUCCUGCUGAUCCCACAAACGAAGCGCUCAGACUGGGAAAAAUUCUAUCGCAGAACGUUGUGCAGAAACUUCAAGCUGCUGAGGAACCCUUGAGGGAAUACGUACAGGGCCAGCAAGAAGUAAUUUUGGCUGGAUACACUCACGGCGUACCAACUUAUUCGUUUUUGAAUUUCAAUCUGAAUCCUUCAAGUGUCAAUGUGCAGAAUUCUCACAAUGCUCACCCACUUAUGAAAUAUUUAGCACCGGAAAUAACGCCUCAGAGCUUCAGUAACGACAUACGACACUUCCAAAGGGCUCAGCCGAAUCCAUACCAAUUCGAACAGCCACAAACACAUAUGGAGCCAAUAGUCGUAGAAGAUGAAGAACAUAGUUCUGAUUAUGAAACAACCUACCUACAUGCUGUGAACAGACCGCAACAUCACAACCAAAAUGUUGUUACCUCAGCACAAACUCAUCCUGAGCAAACAUAUCAGAAUAACGAGAAUCAACACACGCAAGCAAACAACAACGUAGCAAAAUCUCCAUAUUCUGUGAACAUACAGCAACAUUAUAUGAACUUACCCAAGUAUACGACAGUAAAUAAUAAUAAGUAUAAUAGCAAACCACAGGCAAUCCACGAAGUUGAACCACCGAACCUCUCUGGAUUGGCCCAUUCAUAUAAUUUCGAUUCCAUUCGUUACCAGGUACCUUCUGUACUUCCAACUCCCUUCCCUGAUAUUUCAGGAAAUCCAAUGUAUAACGCCAUACAGGCUGGAGAAGAACAACAGAGUUACCAAGGGCAGCAAGUGGAAAAUCCCAAUUUCAAAUUCGAAGGUCUUAUACCAUCAACCAAAUUGAUACAUUUUGUUCUUCCUCAACAAUCACCAAGUACACCAACGUUAGUUCAUCAUCCGAGACCGCAAAUGAUCUCUUCGAGACCAUUCUGGAGGAAACCACAAGUGAUGAAAUUGGUGAGGCUCCCUGAAAGAGCAAACCAACAACAAGAGGAACAGAGUUAUCAGACACAGUACCAGACCUUCCUACCAGGACAUACCGGGGAUGAUUCUCGUACCAGAAAUCAGCAACUUUACCAAAGUCUCGCUGAGCAUUACUCAACACCAGUAAGAAUGCAGCAGGUUUUAAGAAGUCCAAAACAUCACGAUCAGUAUCAGUACCCUACUAAUAUAAUGCGUUUAGUGGCUCAACAACAGGAGUCUAGAAAUCAGUUCGGUGAUAGGCCGAUAGUUGUUGAAGAUCUCUAUGACCAAAGUCCAAAUGAAGAAGAAGAAACCCGAGACUCCCCCUUUGCUCACGAAUCUCAUAAGCAGCAGAUUGAAAAUGAUAGCUCUAAGUAUCGAAAUCUUGACGAACAAAACUACCAAAACCAAAGACCGUCAUCAGAUUCGAACACCAACCAAGGAAAUGUCGAAAUUGUUAAAGCUAUAUCGAAAUAUUACCCUCAAUCACAGGAUAACAGGCAACGUGAUCAAACCACUUACGAAAAUACAGAGUUGCAUGAAGGCACAAGUUCAGUCUUACCUAAAGGUUACCUAACUUUCCAACAGCAGAAAAACCUUGCUAGGGUGCCUAACACCAGACACAUCAUGCCAUUAGUUAGAUAUAGAAAUAGGGAAAAUUAUGAUUCCAGCAGGAGGAUAUUGAAUCCUAGAAUUAGGAGGUUGGUGACGGAUCUUCUGAAGGACAACAAUAGGCGAAAUAAUGUUUACGUCGUAAUGACUGAGGAAGAAUGAAUGGAAGAAUUUUUCUGAUUUA